AGAUCCUUGAAGUCAGACAGACACAUCCGGCGCACCGUACUGAGCAGUGCAGUAUCCACUCCGCUUCCGGAGCAGCUGUUUUGUAAUUAUAAGUGUAGAUAGGUAGAUUUCGCUUUCAAACGCACCGGAUGUGGUAGUGAGGCUGCUGGGGGCCGAAUUCUAACCGUGUUUUUCACGUGUUUGUUGUGUGUGUGUGUCUCUCUCGCCUCUUCAAUCGAGCCAGUUUCUUGUCGCUCGGUUUGCCUUACUGUGUUUGUGCUUGUGUGAGCAAUAGUUUCCAAAUUUCAAAAUGUCCUCCGGAAGUGUGCUGCUGGUAACGGUCCUGCUGAUGGGAUAUCUCUACUGGAGUUUAGCCCAACCGACCAAUCUAAUAGAGAUCCGCUGUAAGGUGAUGGUGCCGAAAAAGGACCCAAGCGAGUGUGCUCACGGAGCGUUUAUCAACACCUGCAGCAAGUUGGACUGCUGGCAGGGUCCUGGUCAAGAGUGCGGUGAAAACGUCGCUGGUUACAUCCGGUACGGUCAGUGUGCUCCCGGGCUGCGAUGCUGCAACGGGCGGUGCAAGGGAUGUCUCAACGGUAACUGCUUCCGGGAAUCGUGCCACCCAACCCAUGCCUUCCAGCUACGCUCCGACCCAUACAUGCCCGAACGCCACAUGGACCCACUGUACCGGCUGUUCGACUACUACAACAACGAGUAAUUGUUCUCAACGAUCUCAAACCCCCAGCAUCAGACUCCCACACCGCACCAAUAACCCCCAGCGAAAGGAAUAAGAGUAACUGCUUGUCAAAGUUAAACGAGUUGCAAUGGUAGCCACUUCAAACGAGUGUUUGCUGACACACUCUCUUCACACGAGCUCACGCCUACUGUCGGAAACCAGUAUUUGCCAGACCACAGGUGUACAUUUGCUGCAUUUCACCAACUAGCCCCAGUUGCUUUCGCUAAACUUAGUAUAGAAAUAUAGCCUUCAAUAAAGUAACAUCUACACAGCCCAGUGAA